AGAAUGGAGAUAUGUGGAAGAAGAAACUUCUAUUCACAGAAAAUAAACAUGUUUUUGCGAGUAAUGACUAUGUUGGGGGUCAUCAGCACUACACUUGGAAAACGACAUGACUUAAUUCUGACGGAUGAUGACCGAAAACGGAUUACCCUUAGUUCAUUUGGUUUUCUGAAAGGAGGAACUCUGUCUGUUAAUAUUACUAACUUUAAUUAUAAACUAAAUUCCAAGACUCUUCCUGAUGAAAAUGUGACAUUAUUUGGCUUCACUUUAGAUAAAAGUGGUAGUACAGGCUUGUCUUAUAUGGAAAGUGAACAUACCUCAAAAUGCUUUUUACAAUACUAUACAACAAUAACUGGUGACAAAACAAAGGACCAAAUGUCAGUUGUAUUUUUUAAAAUGGAUCUUGUAAAUGAAAGAGUGAUUAUCGAAAGAGUGGGUAAUGAUGUUACUAAUUUAACCGUCUCAAACCUAAAUCAGAAAGAAUAUCGUGAUAAAAAACAUGACCAGCGUAAGACUCGAAGAGAAGCUAUUGCACAGAGUGUAGCUAAUAAUAACCUUCUACGACGUCAAACAAGAGAUAGUGAAGGUGAUCCAGAAGUAAAAGAAUCAUCCGUUAAAACUCCUCCUACUACCACUUUAACUUCUGCUGCUCCAUCUGCUGCUCCUACCGUUAUAAAGGUAAAAACAAAUCCAACUUCUAAAAACAAUACAAAUAUUUCUACAAAAGCACCAGUAAAACCAGAGACUGCUGUAAGCAAGGAAACUACACCAGAUGUUCUUCGUAACCAGGUUGACAUAAAGAAAAAUAAACAAGGCAAUUAUGAUACACAUUUUCUGGUAGUUAUUAAUAGUGAAACGGAAGAAGGUUUAUACAGUCUGUUUUUCCACAAUUGUUUGAACUUUAAGCCCAACGUGGACUCAACAGUAACUAUGACGUUACAAGUAGUAGAAGAGAAUAAUGGUAAUUAUUUAUCUGCUGGAAGUCAACCAGAACCAACUUUAUUUUUUGUCUUCUUCUUAUCGUAUUUUAUCUGUGGUUGUAUUUGGUUGUCCGUUCUACGUAAAGCAGAGAAAAAUGAUGUGUAUAAAAUCCACUAUUUGAUGUUAGCUGUUGUAUGGGUUAAGAGCGUAUCCUGUUUAUUCCAUGGUAUCAACAGUCAUUUUAUAGCUAAAUCUGGUAUACCUGAUGAAGCCUGGGCUAUUCUCUGGUAUAUUGUAUAUCUAACCAAAGGUGCAUUGAUGUUUGGAACAAUAUUAUUGAUUGGUGCAGGAUGGGACUUUAUAGAACACAUGUUGAGUCACAAAGAAAAGAAAUUAUUUGCCAUCUUUUUACCAUUACAGGUAUUAAAACAAGUAGCUUGGGUUAUUAUAGAAGAAAGUGAUGAGGGACAAUUCCAUUACACAACCUGGAAACAGAUAUUUUUUGUUGUGGAUUUACUCUGUUGUGUAGCCAUUUUGUUUACAGUUGCAUGGUCCAUCCGCCACCUUCAAGAAGCAUCAGCAGUGGAUGGUAAAGCUGCGAUGAAUUUAAAUAAACUGAAAUUUUUUAGACAUUUUUAUAUAAUGGUUGUUUGUUAUAUAUAUUUUACUAGAAUGAUAGUUUAUCUGUUAAAAAUAACACUACCAUUCCGACAUGAAUGGUUGACAGAAUUUUUCCGAGAGAUAGCUGUAUUUUUAUUUUUAUUUGUUACUGGUUAUAAGUUCCGACCAGCUUCUAACAAUCCAUAUCUGCAGGUACCACAAGAUUCUGAUGAUGAAAUAGAAAUGGAAGAAGUAUUAACAAAGAAUGCAACAACUGAUACAUUGAGUAAAGUUAAUCAACAGCUAGUCGAGAAGAAAAAGAAUACAAAUAAACAGGAGGAUGGAAUAAAACAAAGAGAAAGUAGUUUAGAGUAUGAUUAAAUACAUACUUAUAUAUUAUAUUUCUUACUUUCUAACAUCCAUUAUAGGAAGAUUAGCACAGUUUAACACUGUUAUUUGUCAUUGAAACUGGAAUAUAACAGAAACUCAUUUGAAUAUUAGUUCAACCAAGUUAAGAGUAAUUCCAUUGGUCGUAAUGGAGCAAUCCUAGAUAUAUUGUGAUCAUUCAAAUUUAAAUAUCUUAAUCCAUUUGUAUAGGACCCAUCGUGUUGUACAGGACCCAUCGUGCUGUGCAGGGGUACAGGAUCCAUCAUGUUUUCGCUCUAAAUAAUCUAUGGAUAUUUCCUGAAUAUCGAUGAAGUGGCUCUGUUUAUUUUAGCUUAUUGUAGAUGUUUAGAUAAACUGCUUUGCUGUCAUACAUCUAAUUGUUUUAACCGAUACCCUGUGAAAUCUGGAACUGGUCCUAAAACCAUACAUGGUAACUUUGAGAUCAAUAAAUUUUAUUGAAGGAUCAAUUAUAUGUUAAGUUGAUGAAUUUAAUUACUUUUAACCAAGGAUUUAAAGAACUUUUAUUUUAUAUCAUUUCAAACCAAAACUAGUUCAAUAUAUACAUGUAUAUCUAAUGUGUAUUGGACAGAGCAAUCAUUCCUUAUAUUUCCUGGAAUUUAACUGCAGAUUCUAUACACAUCAUCUCUUCUAUUGUAAAUAUCUGUAUUUCAUUAGUUGAUUGUUUAAUUUAUUCUUGAAAUGAUUUCAAUAAUUUCUAAGUCAUGUAUAGAUUUGCACAGCACUAUUAUAUUUAUCAGAAUUUAUGCUUAUUUUAUAUGCCGGUACUACUGUGUGCUUCCAACUUCUAUAUUCCAUUUUCCAUCAUGGGAUCAAUAGGUUUUCCUUUAAAGAUAUAUUUCCUCAACAGACAUGAUCUAAAAUACAUGAUUAUCGAUUGGAAAACAUAUCUAACCUACCAAGAAAUGUAAAUUUGUUACAAAAUAUAUCGGUUCUUUCAAUAUACUUCAAGCAAAACUCUUUUUCUUGCCAAUAUACAAGAAAUGUAGUCUGUUGAGUGUUCACAAGGAAUUGUGGACGACGAACGGACGGGGGCCACAGCAAUAUAUAUAUAUGACCACAUUUACAAAAAUAACAAAUCAAAUUUUGGUAAAACAUAGUUGACAUUUUAAAGACAACAGAGCGGCCAUUUUGUCAAGCAGUAUCUGUUCGAUUUUCACAAAAUUUUAACUCAACCAUCAUUAGGGUGUAACUGUUAUAUUUGAACUCAACCAUCAUUAGGGUGUAACCGUUAUAUGUUAAACUUUAAACGAUAUGCACGAAUAUCGAAAGGAACCAAGAUAUUUGGGUUACAAACAUACAUUUUAAGUUUCAUCAAAAUCAGAUCAAAAAUUAUGACCUCUAGAGUGCGCACAAGCUAAAAGAAAAGGGAUUUUUCGUACAAUCGGGGACCAUAAUCAAUGACAUUACGGCCCGACAGAUGCUAAUAUCAAAAAGAACCAAGAUCAUUGGAAUAUAAACCUACGUAUUUCAAGAUUCAUCAGAAUCAGAUAAAAAUUGUGACCUGUAGGUGUCCACAAACAAAUUCCGAACAGACAUCCUGAUGGACAGUGGCGACGACAAUUACGGCCACUUCUUCUUAACUUUUUAAAACAAAAUUUUAAUCCUAAAGAUUGUGUAACAUGACUAAUCAAAAUAAACACAUCAGAUCAACUCCAA